AUGCUAAGAUCUGUGUCGAAUAAAGUUACAGUUUUUCCAACAUCUCGUAUCUACUCAAGAAGGAGCCAUGUUGAUUCCACUGUCUCUUCGAACUUAUGGACCACUAUCGUUCCUGCUCUGGCUCAGUCAGGUUCCAUCGGGGCAUUACACGAUGCGGUUGAGUUGCUUAAUGACGGCUACAAGGGAGAUGCUUCUACGCUGGUUCACUUGCUUCGCGUCUCUGGAAACCAUGGCUGCGUUUCUUUGUGCAGACAGCUUCAUGGUUACGUUGUAAAACAUGGGUUUUUCUCAGAAACGCGUCUUUCCAAUUCGCUGAUGAGAUUUUACAAGACAAGCGACUCGCUUGAAGAUGCUCACAAAGUGUUUGAUGAAAUGCCUGACCCAGAUGUUAUAUCUUGGAACUCAUUGGUUUCUGGUUACGCUCAAUCGGGAAGGUUCCAGGAAGGACUCUGUUUGUUUCUAGACCUCCACAGAUCUGAUGUGUUCCCCAACGAAUUCUCUUUUACGGUUGCUUUAGCUGCUUGUGCACGAGUACAUAUCUCGCGACUUGGAGCUUGUAUUCACUCAAAGAUUGUGAAGCUUGGUAUAGAUAAAGGCAAUGUCGUAGUCGGUAAUUGUCUAAUCGACAUGUACGGGAAAUGUGGUUCUAUGGAGGAUGCAGUUUUGGUAUUCCAACACAUGGAAGAAAAAGACACAGUUUCUUGGAAUACCAUUGUUGCUUCCUGUUCAAGGAACGGUAAGCUCGAGCUGGGACUUUGGUUUUUCCAUCAGAUGCCAAAUCCAGACACUGUAACAUACAACCAGAUCAUCGAUGGUUUCGUUAAGUCAGGGGAUUUCAAUAGUGCCUUUCAGAUUCUAUCAAGUAUGCCAAAGCCUAAUACAUCUUCAUGGAACACAAUAUUGGCAGGCUAUGUCAACAGUGAUCAAUCAGGAGAAGCUACUGAGUUUUUCACCAAAAUGCAUUUGUUAGGCAUGAGAUUUGACGAAUACAGCUUGUCAAUAGUUCUGGCCGCCAUUGCUGCUCUUGCUGUGGUUCCAUGGGGAAGUCUCAUCCAUUCUUGUGCUCUCAAGCUUGGCCUAGACUCUCGGGUUGUCGUCGCGAGUGCUUUGAUAGAUAUGUAUUCUAAAUGUGGAAUGUUGAAGCACGCUGAGCUGAUGUUUUCGACAAUGCCUAGAAAGAAUCUGAUAGUGUGGAACACGAUGAUCUCUGGAUAUGCUCGCAAUGGGGAUUCAACCGAAGCGAUCAUGCUUUUUAACCAGUUGAAACAAGAAAGAUUCCUGAAACCUGAUCGGUGCACAUUCUUGAAUCUCUUAGCUGUGUGUUCUCAUUGUGAAGUUCCAAUGGAACUCACCCUUGGCUAUUUUGAGAUGAUGAUAAACGAGUAUGGGAUCAAACCAAGCGUAGAGCAUUGCUGUUCUCUUAUUAAAGCUAUGACACAGAGCGGAAAUGUUUGGCAGGCGAAAAAUGUGAUUCAAGAAUUUGGUUUUGGGUAUAAUGGUGUGGCUUGGAAGGCGUUGCUUAGUGCUUGUAGUGCUCGAAAGGAUCUGAAAGCUGCGAAAACCAUUGCCGCAAAGAUUGUUGAGUUAGGGGAAGCUGAUGAAGAUGAGUAUAUAUACAUAGUAAUGUCAAAUCUCUAUGCUUAUCAUGAGAGAUGGAGAGAAGUUGGCCAAAUUAGGAAGAUAAUGAGAGAGAGAGGAGUGAAAAAAGAAGUCGGGUCGAGCUGGAUUCAAGAGCAAAAUAUGGCAAUACAGCUUUAG